AGUUUGACGUCGGCUUGGAAAUGUGUGAGCGGGAGAAAGGAGGAGAUGCCAUGGUAAUGUUAGACUGAGGUUUUGAAAACUGCUCUCUUACCUCAGAUGUAGUUUAGGGGCAGGACAUGAUGAAGCAGGUUCAUUGGAACUCCCACUGGAGGUUCAACCUCAAACUUCUCAUGUGAGCUAAGGUGAGAGCAGAGUUUGGUUCCGUCUAUCUCUCACUGAUGAAACUUUUCAGUGGAUGACUUGGAAUUGACGGAAAUACUAUGGCGGAUUGAUUGAUUAUAGUUUGGAAAUGAAUUGCACAAGAGUCCUGCCCACCUUUGGCAGUCACCCUCAGUCAACUGGGAUGCCAGUCGACCUCGCCAUGUGCUUAAGUCUGAGCCAGCGUCGAAGACUUUACCAACUUCUAUCCAUGAAACCUACUUUGCGUUAUAAUCCUCCCACUGGCAGUCCGCUGAGAACCAGCUUUCACUCUUCCAAUCAACCUUCUUCCUCCCAGUCAUCUUCACCCUCACCCUCUGAUCUUCAGAGCUGCCUCCUCAGGAAAGCCGGAAAGCCGGGCAAAAAGCGUGUUGUGUUUGCCGACUCCAAAGGACUUGCCCUCACUGCGGUACAUCUAUUGAUGCCUGAUACUGAACCGCCCGAUCCAACCGUGAUACAGAACCACAAGUAUCGUCUGGGCUUCCCUCAGCCGUCACUCGACUCCAAAGCGUUCCUGACACGCCUGCGAGAGACAAACAUACAGUUGGAAAGCUGCAACGUUUCCGAAUGUUCCCUAAGCGGCAAAGUGCACGUCUGCCACGGGAACAGCGACAAGGCGGUCCACUUAAGGCUCACCUUUGACUCCUGGCAGCACCACUUUGACACUCCAUGCAAGUUCUUACAACAGCAGCGGUGUCUCGGUUUCGAUGUGGAUGUUUUUACCUUCGAGCUGAGCUUACCUCAGAACCUUGACCUGAUCGAGGAGAUCGAGUUCUGCGUGUCUUUCAGGCCUGGAUGCGGCACUUCUAUGCACUGGGACAACAACAGAGGAAAAAAUUACAAAGUGUACUUGGAAAAAGACGAAAAGGACGGGUUACCAUUUUGACCCUCUUAUGUCCUCGGGUAUUCAGAACCACGGCCAUGUAAGUUACUUCAGAGGAGGUUGUUGAAUCUGAGUGGAAUGGAGAUCCCUUUGUUCAAAUGAUUAGACCAGGUGACAGCAGUCCACUCGAAAGAGCUACGAAGACAUAUAAAUAAUGGAUAUGAGGAAUAUGUCUUGUGAAAUCUGCACACUUGGGCGGAUGUUGUAAAAUGCUGUAACUCAGCUACCCUGCUGGAAUGUGAAUAUUUAAACGUGUUGAAUUGAUAAUAAAGCUCUUGUCACCAGUAAA